AUGGAAUCCAGUGAUGAUAGUGAUGAAGAAGAAACUUUAGAUAAAAAAGAAGGAAAGACAACUCCAUCUUUACUCAAACCACAACUAGCUUCAAUAUUCUCAGAAGUUGAACAAAAUCUCCCGUCUAUUGAUUUUGAUUUCGGUGAUAUAAGUUCAGAUUCUGAUGUAACAGAUGAACCACUGAUAUUUCAAAGAAAUUUAAAAUCUUUAGAAUUACUGGAUGAAGAUAAAGAUCUUGAUACUUGUCUCCAUAGUAAUAAGGUGUCUGAUAAGCCAGGAGAGUUAUCUCCCCAUUGUAACAAGCAAUCAGAGUUAUCUAACCCUGUCAAUGUAGAUGACAUUUCAUUAUUUGACGUGAACGCAGACUUUGCUGGUUCUGGAUUCAAUAAUUGGGCAGAAUUAGAGAGAGACAUUUCUCAAACUCGUUCAGGACUACCGAAUGAUCUGAUGCGUAUACAAACAGCGUCUGCUACACGUGUAGAGAUCGCUACAAGUACGACAGAAGAUUUGCUAUCAGACACAACUCCUGAGAAACAAGAUGGACAGAAAGAGAAGAAGACUGAAGACUAUAAAAUAUUUGUGGAAUCAGCAACUCCUCUGUUACCUUUAACUGUAUUUGAAAACGUUGACUUGGAUUCAGUAUUAGCUAAUAUCAAUGAAGACAAUCAGUAUGGGGUAUCUCCAGUUAGACCAGCCUGGCUAGAUCUAUCUCUAUCUAGAAUCGGUAGUGGAGAUGCUUCAACUACAGACAGCUCUGGAGAAGAGUUGACAUUGAUAGAGAAACUGGCUCAGUUAUCAGUGAAACAUGGUGCUACAGGUCUAACUGAGAUCAACCCUCAGACCGGGGCUACUAUAGAAGAUAAUAAAAUAAUUUAUGAUAAAUCUCAAGAUAAAUGGAAUAAGAAGGCAGACGUGGAAAAAGAUGUAGAAGUUGUAAAGAAUACAUGUAGUAUGGGAACUAAUACAACAGACCUACCUCAACCUACAGUAGCAGCUAAACCUGUAGUUACUAUAAAUAAAUCUGAUACAGUCUUCAUUGAUCUGAGAGGAUUUGAGAAACAUCGAGAAGAAGAGAAACAGAAAAUAGAGAGAGUGCAGGCCAUUUUAAAAAUACACAACCAACAACAUGAAGAAGACUCAAGUGAAUCUGAAGAUGAAACUGAAAGAUGGAUUAAAGAAAGACGUAAAAUUAAACAGAAACUGGUGUCCCAGGGUACAUCGACUGAUUUACUACCAAAUAAGGCCAAAUCGCCCCAAAGUAAAUCAAGUUUUAAACAGCCUCAGAGAGUUAUUAAUUUAUCAGAGAAAUCUCCUAGUAAAGAUGGCGCCACUAGAUCAUCUGAUGUCACUUCCAGUAGCUCGGACACGAUACUUGACCAGGAGACAGUGAAGAAACAAAGAGCUGCUCAGCUAGAGAAAGACAGACAAAUGGAAGUUGCAAGGAAAGUGAGAGAAGAGAAAGAGAAAGAAAGAGAACACAGAAUAAGAAUAUCACAGAGAUUAGAAGCUGUUCGACCAGCAGCAUCUAUCAAUGGUUUACAGCCGACUGCUGAAGCCACACCUACUCUGUAUGAUAUGGAAGCAUCUUUUGAACCUGCUCCUAGUACUUUACCCAGAGUAAUGGCCCCUGAUCAGACUUGUUUGUUACUAAAAAUACAUCUGGCUUGCAAUGGGGAGAUAAUUCUACAUAAAAACAGAACAAACCAGAGUGUGGACACAGGUGAAGGUCUGUCAGCCUCAUAUACCACAUUACUGACAUGGCUUGCUUCCCUUGUUCCUGAUGAUUUCACGUUCCUCCAGAGGGCAGCAGGUGAUAAACACAGUGCUGAAACGAAUCCUUGGCAGCCAUUUUAUGUUGUGGGCUUACAGCAGAUUGUAUUAGAAGACAAGCUCUACCUGGUGGUGGCCAUCAUGCCAACCGAACAUUUUGAUCCUAAAUCUAUCCAGUCCUUUAAAUCUAAAAAAUAUCAAGGUGGAAAUCCGUUUAUGCAGUAUGUCCACAAUUUUCUUACCACUUACACAUUGCUGUCUGUGUGUCCAUGGUUACUAGGCAUCGUAUCUAUGGAAGUUGAGGGACCAAAGGGAGACAUUCCAGAUUUAAAAUCGUACACAUACAUUCCACCUUUACCGAACAUCACAGACAAACCGCUUGCAUCAUUCAUUGAAGUUCAUCAAGAUCCACAAGCAGCUAACCGAAUUUUCAAAAUGGCUACCGGGUAUUUUUGGCAGACGGUAGAUAAUGAAGAGAGCAAGCUUGAUCAAGGACUGGAUGAGGAAUCUGUAGACUAUGAAACUCAGAACACGAUGUCCUUAGUGUAUAAAAAGAUCUAUCAUGAUCCUGGAUCGUUGAUGGGAAUAAUGAUUCGUAUUCUACAGGAAGGUUUGGAUAUAGCAGGUGUGCGUCUGCUCUACCCAACUUCUGAAUUUUUAAACUUGACUUCUGCUGAGUCACCUAGUGAUAGAUCUGAUUUGGAAUUGCUGAACAAUGUGGGUCCAGUGUUGGCCCUAGCGAUUCGUGGAACUUUUGCGCGAUCUAUUUGGCUGGAUGCAGUCGGCCCGUCUGAUCCUGUUCUAGCCAGACGGACAGAUCCAAAUUCUCUUUGUGCUCAAUUUGGAGGUGAAUCCAGAGAAGAGUGUUUGUUAUUUUGUCCAAGGAAUUCAAAUCGUGUUUUGAGUGAAAUGACUCGGUGGUUUGCUGGUCGAAUUCCGUCAACUGGAAGUUUUGAAGUCGGACAACCGUACAAACGUAAAGAUCACUUGAGAUCUGGAAGUCCAAAAAGUCGUAAAGGAAAACGUGGAUCUUUGACUGAUUGUAAAGCAGAAGAUAUUCCUACUCAAAGACCCCUAGCAACAUUGACAGCUACAACCAAGGGUGACAUGUUUCUUGUCAUUAGUCCAUUGUUUUUGCCGUCUGCUCUGGGCAUUUUGAUGUCAACUUGUCAGAGACGUGGUUUCCAGAUUCGAGGUGUAAAAAGAUUGAGAUUAUCUAGCAGAAGAGCAGGAUUAUUGGGUAUUGAUAGUACAGAUUGUCCAGUCUUUCUCAAUGAGAAUAUCAGUGAUAGACUAGAAUAUCCAGCUACGGUAUUAUUAUUAGAAAAAGAGAACUGUGCACAUAACGCUGCGAGUCUGAUUGAAGCCUUCAUGGUGCAGCUGACACUGAAAGGCCUGAUGGACUCAAUACAGAGUAGACUCUGUUCACCAGUCACAUCUAAACAGUUAUUUCAUGCUGUUACUUAUACUGAAGAUGUAUUGGCAGGUCUUGGUGGGGAGUUCUCUAGGUGUCCUGACUAUGAUACCCUAUCAGGACCUAGUUAUAUUCAACCAGCUCUGUAUACCAAUCCUGAAUUAGAACAGAUAGUGAUAGUUGUAUUACAUGGGUUCAAUAUACAGAAAUCUUCUGGUCUUUUUAUUGGUCAACUAUUGAAUGUGAUACCAUACAGUAGAACACCAGUUAUCUCCCCUCUAUCUCAAGGUGCUGAAUUACUCGGGUUAAAAUGGCUACCUGUGUUAAGUACAUCACAAGCUAAAGAAGUUACUCCUAUUGAAGUGGGUGAUAAAUUAUGGAAGGAAAGCAUUCAUCGCCUUACAUCAGAACCAGCAUUUAUACUAGCAUUAAGAGGGGUCAACGCCUUUAAACAACUAGAGAGUAUAGUGCCACCUGGUGUACUAAACCAACCCAAUAAAACACCGCUUCAUAAACUGAUGUCUCACACCCCGGAAGAGGCCUACAACUUCGCGAGAUUAUUCUUCACCAAGCACGAGCUAUUUAUAGAUAACUCCGCCCGACCACUGUUGCCGUAUAUACCUGAAUCAUUAUUAAUGCAGACAAAAGUCAAAAACGAAGGACACAAAACUGUAACCAAUAUAUUUGAAAUAAUGAAACAAGGUCCCCAGCCAAUCAGGACGUUUCUAUUAGUCAAACCCGGAGCCGUCAAAAAACAAUGUUUAUCAAAAUUACUGAAGAAAAUUGUACAAGAAGGAUUCAAAGUGGUUGGCUUAAGACUGGAUGUUCUAGAUGAUAAUCAAGCUGAUGUGAUUGUCCAGUCACUCAGUGAAGAGGAUGAGUCCGUGAAAGAGAAACAAAAGCUCCACCUGGUGUCAGGUCCAGUAAUAUUACUAUGUCUUGAACGUGAGAACGCUGUAUUUAAACUGGUAGAUAUUCUAGGACCAUUAGAUCCACAGGCAGCACGGAGAAAGAGUCAGUUUUUAUGGCGUGGUAUAUUUGGAUCUGAUCCAGUAGCCAAUGGACUGUAUGGAUCAGUAAAUUAUUGUCAAGCAGUAGAAGAAUUGAGAAUAUUUUUCAAUGAAGAUAUUUUACUAUCUGAAUCUUUAGACAAUCAGACUCAGGCUGCGCUACUAGAAGAUCAGAUUAUUGAUAUAGACUAUAAAUUACAUAGAAAUAUUGAAAUAGACUAUAGAGGGGAAAGUUUGAAUUAUGAAGAUUCUUCUAUGGCAGAUAUUCAUGCCAGUUUAUUGGUGCAAACAAACUGUUUGUUAUUAUCACCGCCAUUAUUAGGUUUGACCCCAAGAUUGAAAGGUCAAGGUUAUGUGGAGGUCAUCGAAGCCCUUAUUUCUGAAGGGUUUAGGAUAGUUGGUGCUAGAAUGGUGACGUUAUCACAGAAUCAGACAGAACAAUUUCUAUGUUUAUUAGAGGCUGGUAGUUUUAAACAGGUACCAUUACUAACUAUGGGACCUUGUCUAGUAUUAGCUGUACAGAGAGAUAAUGCUGUCAUUUCCUUCGAUACCCUUCUAGAUAGUAUUCAUGGUGAUUCUAUAAUGAAGAAAUAUGGUUCAUUAAUACUGAGAUCUUCCACAGUUCCACAGGGAGAGAAGCAUUUGACUUAA